GUUUGUUAAUGUUACCAGAAGUGUUACAGAGCCAUGCUAAAGAACCACAGGUCAGAGUCGCAGCUCUUGUCAGUGUUUGCUGUUAUGACUGAAGACUGUAGAGUUGGUCUUGGUAACCUUGAGCUAAACUGGAAUAGUAGUGAGGAGAAAUAAAGGUGCAAGAGGAGGGAGGUAAGUGUAAAAGGAGCAGGCACAGGAGAGCGGGAGUUGGUAAAAUAGCAGAUAUGGGAUCAGGCAGGAAGAUGUGUAAGACUCUGCUAUGGCUCUUGGGCUCACUAGCCUUUUUCUCUUGGAUUUGCUCAGCUGAUGGAUCUCCACUGAAAGUGAUGUCUGCCCCCAACUUGUUGCGAGUAGGAACACCAGAAAACAUCUUUGUGGAAUGUCAAGAUUGCACAGAUGAGAAUGACAUCAGGGUCGAAAUCAGGGUCAGGAACUAUCCAACCAGAGCCAAAAUGCUGGCGUCCACAUCUGUUAUCCUAAACAGCACUAACAAAUUCCAGGGCUUCAAACAAAUUCAGAUCCCUGCUGAGGACUUAAGUAAAGAUCCCGACAUGAAGCAGUACGUGUACUUGCAAGCUCAGUUCCCUGACCAACAGCUGGAGAAAGUCGUCUUGGUGUCCUUCCAUUCUGGCUACAUCUUCAUCCAGACCGACAAUAAAGCAAUAAUGUGCCCAGAUUGGCUUCCCCAGGUGUGA